UUUUCUUUCCCCUGUAAAGUCGGUCCAGCUCUGCGCCGCCGGACCCGGGUCCGCGCAUCUGUCCGUCAGGGCUGCGCUUCACCUGAGAGUCCGGAUCACGCUCGUUUCAGUCUCACCAUGGAUUCCCGGACCGCCACCUCCGCUCUGCUCCUGGCUGGCUUUAUCUCCUCCGCGGCUUUCAGUCACUUCGACACCGAGUGCUACACUGCCAACGGAGAAGACUACAGGGGCUUUCAGAACCAGACCAGCCUUCACGGUGGGAAACCCUGCCUCUUCUGGAACGAGACCUUCCAGCACCCUUACAACACCCUCAAGUACCCCAAUGGAGAGGGAGGUCUGGGCAGCCACAACUACUGCAGGAAUCCUGAUGGGGAUGUUCAACCGUGGUGCUACAUUGCCGAUCACGAGGAUGGCAUCUACUGGCGGUACUGUGACAUCCCCACAUGCCAGAUGCCGGGAAACUUGGGCUGUUUCAAAGACAGCGGGGACCCGCCCACCCUGUCCGGCUCCAGCGAGACGUCCAACAAGCUCACCAUCCAGAACUGCAUCACGUUCUGCAGGAAGCAAAGAUACAGGCUGGCUGGCAUGGAGUCGGGCUACGCCUGUUUCUGUGGCAACGAGGUGGACCUGCGCAGUCACGGGGAGUCGCCCAGCAUGGAGUGUAACCAUGUUUGUUUCGGCGACCACACGCAGCCCUGCGGCGGCGACGGCUGGGUCAUCAUCUUUGACACACGUGUGGGGGCCUGCGGCGGGAACUACACCUCCCCGUCGGGGGUGAUCUACUCCCCCGACUUCCCCGACAAAUACGGGGCGGGCCGCGUCUGCUACUGGACCAUCCAGGUCCCGGGGGCCGCCGCCAUCCUCUUCAACUUCACCUUCUUCGACGUGUCCCACCAGACCGACAUGGUGGAGCUCCUGGACGGCUACACCAACCAGGUGGUGGCCCGCUUCGACUUCCGCAGCCCGCCGCUGGAGCUGGUCAACGUCACGGGCGACUUCGUCAUCCUGUACUUCUACUCGGACCGAACCAACCAGGCGCAGGGAUUCGCUCUGCUGUAUCAAGCACUCAGAGGCCACGACGGCGGAUCGGCGGAGACAGAAGGAGACGGCGAGGACGAGCGGCCCUACGCCUCCAGCACGGUGGGGCCCCGGCCCACCGAGAGGCCCAACAGCACGUCCAACGGCCACUCCACCCAGAUCCUCUACGUGAUCACCUCCAGCCCCGGGAAACCGGAGCACAACAUGCCAGGUCAGUGGCCUGGAAGCGGCGAGAGCACCGGCCACAGCGCUAUGUGGACCAUCUACGCUCUGGCUGCUCUCCUCAUCCUCACCGUCAUCGCCAUGGUGGCCAAGCUGCUGCUGCACGUCACAGUCAAGUCCCCGAACAUCCCCACGGUGAGCGGCUCCGACAGCUGCAGCCAGAGCACGGCGUCCACCGAGCCGUGGAUCAUCUUCUACCGGCCGUCCACCAUCUCGCUCUUCAAGAAGAAGCUAAAGAACCACCACGGAGACCGCAGCCCGCUGGUGGGCAACUAGCGCGCUCGCCAAGCUCCACCUUUAAUCCGAAACGCCUCUGUCAACCCACAAAAUAAAAAAAAAAACUGCUCUGUAGGAGGAGCCGCCGGAUGAAACUCUACGAGGCGCUGCGCUGAACAAGCGUGGCUCCUGACGACUGACUGAGUGGUUCGGCUCCUCCCAUGAUGCUUCAGCACUAGAGGGAGGCAGGCAGGGGUGAGGGGGGGGGGGGCUGUCAGCGACAGCACAGAGGGAGCGGACGGGCGGAAGGCGUGCAGCUCCAGACUGAGAUCGGACUUCUCACGCAGUCAGCAUACCUCCAAAAAAAAAUCAAAAGCCAAACCCCUCCAGGCUGAUGCGUGGAAGAACAGCCGAGUGCAGAACACCGGCUGACCUCCAUCCCACCCAGGAGCGGCCGUGGACUCCUUCAUACAUGGAUGCUGUAACACAACCAGCCAAAAGCCAGAAUCCUCCCAUCCAAAGAGUGUAUAUUUAUUUCUCUUUCCAGUUCUGUAUGCAAAGCACUAAAGUUUUGUUCUGAUGCUUUUUUUUAAUUUUUUUUUUUUUUUAUUAUUAUUAACGUGACAGCCGGCUCUCGGUGGAGAGAGCCAAGAGGACACGUUCCACAGAAGGUACAUCUAAACGCAGCACUUUGGGGAUGAAUCACUCGCAGAAACAAGAGGAUCAGAGAGAGAACGAGAGCGAGCUCGCCCACUCGUCCUCUCAAGCACUCGCAGAUUUUUUUGGGCGUGGAGGGAAAAAAGCAUCCUGGCUCUUUGGAGAGGAGUGGGGGGGAGCUGGGCGGUGCAGACAAACCGCCGUUUAGAGACGGUCUGACGGCUUCUCCUCGCCGGAUCGCGAGUGGAGUCGUCUCUUUUCCGGUUCGAUGGCGUUCAAGUGCCUUGAGGAUCUCCGUUCCCGUCACGGAGCGGACGGGGGUCCGUCUCAGAAGUCUGCAACUUCUUUAAAAACCAAUGCAGAUAUGAAGACUUUCAAUCAAAAGGAAAAAAGAAAAAGUUUCUACAUGUAAAAAAAAACUUGUACAGUGAUCAAAAGCAUUACUUUUUAAACAUAAUACACUCAACAAAACACCUCUCCUGAAUGGAUCUUUUACAUUUUUGUUACACAAAGGACAUUUGAUGAUUUAAAGAAAGUUUUUUUUGUUUUGUUUUUUUUUUACAAUAAUGUUCGCGUAGCCUUUUCGAGAACAACUCCUCAUACAAUGACAGACAAGGCUUCAAAAGAUGUUUUUAUUUUCUAUCUUGUGUGCUCUUAUGUGUCGUCACGGACAUUUACUGAACAUAUUGUUCACAUUAGGUUGUCUUUUAAUUAUGGAGGGGGAAUAUUGUUGUAUAUUUUAAUUCAUCAUGGGAGAAAUUACAUUUAUGACCCCAAAUCCAGCGUCUGUCUUAGCAAACCACUUAAGGAAGCAGUCAAAAUGUGUUUUCAGACUAAUUUCCCAUCCACUGCUCUCAAAAGUGGAGUGGAUUUUCAUUCCUGCUGCACUGCAGUAAAUUGAUUUUAGGCUUAAAAGCUGAAAGGACAAUGUACUUUGAUGCAAAAUUGAGUGCAUAACUUUUUUUCCUUGAUUUUAGUGGUUCAACAAUUAACUACUCUUCUCAAAAACACUGCAUAUUGAUAAAGUUAAUAUUGUCAAUUCAAUAAAAGCAGCUGAAUCAUCUUUUUUUACCAGAAAUUCAGUGCUCUCGUUCACAAAAUUGGUAAAGCUUGAAGAAAUUUGUUUGUGGUGCUGGACAUGUGCAGUUAACGGUAAAGAAAUAACAUAAUUCUGUCCUUUUUUGAUGUAUUAACACCAAUAACUUGCCAAUAAUGUAAUAAAAUAGUAAAAAAAAAAAAUACAUCCAUGAUUGAGUGUUGCAGGGCAUGUGACAGCGAUCCCAUCCUCUCGGUUUACCAAGUAAACUGCAUAAAACCCGCAAAAAUAAAUACUUUAUUUGUAAGACAAGCAGCCUUAUUUUUAUAUUACUGCAUUAUUGUUUGCAGCGCUGAUAGUCACUUCAAUCAUGUGAUGACUUGUUUCAUAGCUGGCAAGUUAUUCCACGUUAUUACUCUGAAAAAGGCCAAAAUGAUUCAAUGAUACAAUGUUAUUAGACAUUAUUAAAUCAUGGUGUUGUUACAACUGCUUACAUGACAAAAUGUGAUUAUUUUUUUUUUAACAUGUUUUUGCCUCAAACAUGGUUUGGCUGUAUUAGUUUGGGUAAAUCGGCACUUGAUUGAGUUUAGGCUGUUAACGGCGGGCAUAAGGAAAUUUCGGUUUUAGCCAGAUGACGACACACGAUGCAGUAGCACCUCGAGCAUCAGGGGUCAUGGGAGUGGAAAAGUUCAUCACAGGGUUAAUGCACAGAGACACACAAUCACUCACACAUGCACUCACACAGCCAAUGUAGAUUCAGCAAAAGGAGAAAACACACAGUGGAAACAAGCAGACUCUACACAUGCCUGGAAUCGAACCAUCCUCUCACUCUAAGGAAAAAUCCUUCACCACUACACCGCUGUGUGGUCAUGCCACUUUUUUAAAAAAAAAUUUUAAAUUUAAUUUGAGAUGUAUGGAUUUAAUGUGUGAUGGUUCAAAUAUGUCCAAAAAAGUUUUAUCGGGUUGUAAUUUUGCACACGAAUGUUCCUCCAGAAGUGAUGAAACCAGAAGGGCUCUCAGCUGGACAGCAGGUCUGCAGAUGGAAUCGAUUUCUCUGCGUUGUUGUGACAUUUUAGCUGCUUGUGAAAGGUCAAAACCUCCUAGAGCGUCAUCGGCAUAGUAAUUUUUCUCUCCCGUCUAAGUUUCUACUGGUUGUGAUUACGAUUGUUUCCCUCACUGGUUCUGUUUUCAAUGCACUUAAUUUUGUUUCAGCCUACACAACUUCUUUUUUUCCUCCCUCUCAGUUUUGGUGAAAAGAAUAAAAGUGACGUACUCAUGCAGCAACCUGAGCACUUGAAACAAGAGACUGUGUUUUCACUCAUGAUUUCUACUAUUGCAGCGGCAUUAUCGAGUCGGGGCAGUUUUUAGGAAAGGGGUCGACAAUUUUACAAGUUAAAAAAAGAAAAAAGUCUUAGACUAUCUAAUAAUAAAAUACACAUUUUACUAUGUCGCCUGCCUGCCGCCUCUUCCUGCUGAUGGGUAACGUGGAAAUUCUGACCCCAGAGCUCAGAAGGUGUGUGGUUGAUGGAUAGGAAGAGAUAAAACUGCAAAACAUCUGAAAGAUUAAUACUGAAAGAGGGAAAAAUGUUAAUGUCAUGUAUGCAACACAGAUUACAGGUUUGUUAAAAAAGUUCCAGAGUGUUUUGCAGCUGUGGACUCUGCUUUCAGACCCCUGAUUUGAGAUUCGGACAGAAUCUGGGACUUCCGAAAACAAGGAAGUUUGUGAAAAAAUGAGUCUUUGCCACGUUAUGCCUGUCUGCCCAACUGUAACUUGUGUUAAUUAUUGCAAGACAAGAGCACAUGCCCCUGGGUGUGUGAUGUUCUGAGCAGGCCAUGCGUAGAGGCAGAGGGAGAAAACACAGCGUCGGAGAGAGACCGAUGGGAAACUUAAUGUGCAUCGGAAUCAACUACAAGCUAACAAACACUGACAGUUAAAAUCUAACAAGGUCAUAUUUGUUUGGAUAGCCCGCUGAAUUAUGCAAACACCCUUUGUGUGCGCGUGUGUGUGUUUGUGUGUGUGUGUGGGUAUGUGUCCCGUCCUUCAGUCAAUCGUAAAAUUCCACGCCAUCUUCCGAGCGGUGGAAACAUGCUUUUCUCCGGCUGUAAUUGAUGUGAAUGUCCUGUUAGUGCUCGAUGGCAUGAAAACAACACCAGGAGGCUUCGCCCUGUGUGAAACGGUCCUGACGCACCAAAAUAUUGUUUUCAUCUAAAUGUAAAUAGCA